AUGUCAGAAGUCUCCCUUGGUGAAGGGCGAAGCCAUUUCCGGCAGGCCAAAUCAAGGAGGACAGAAAGCGUCAAAACCUUUGAGACGCUGAAGCAGGCAACAUACCUUCGCCAAAAAGUGCGAACGUUCCUCGGUCAUUACAUCACGGAGUUAUGCAUUGCAGCGUUUACUCUGCUCAGUGCCUUUGUGGUUGGCUUCCAGGUGGAAGAAGCCGCGCAGCAUGCGACUGAUGCGACCUAUCAGCCGAAUUUGGUGGUUACCCUCAUCAAUCACGCCUUGACUUUGGGCUUCACCGGUGAGCUUCUGUUGCGUAUCUAUGCCUUUGGCAGAGCCUUCGUAUGUUCGGAAGAUUGGCAAUGGAAUUUCUUGGAUGUGAUUAUUGUCUCAGCCUCCCUCAUUGAAUUGCUGUUGGACACUGUGGCAUGGACCACCAUCGACACAGGCGAAGCGCGUUUUGGUGAUUUGUCCAUCAUCAAAGCGAUGCGGGUGGUCAGAAUUCUCCGUUUAGUCCGUGUCUUCCGCGUCGUUCGCUUCUUCCGUUCUCUACGAGUGCUGAUUUCAUCCAUCAUCCACACGUUGAGGUCGGUGAUAUGGGCCUUGACGCUUCUCACGCUCAUUAUGUACACCUUUGCUAUCCUCUUCACAUAUUGCUACACAGACUUCGUGCACAACAACCCCAACAACCUAGAAGAUGCAGACAGGCUCAGAAGAUAUUUUGGCUCAGUGCCUCUGUCCAUAUUGAACCUCUUUGCAGCGGUUAGCGACGGAAUCAGCUGGACUCUCAUGUCAGCACCAUUGUACGAUGCUGGAUGGCUCUGGUUGUCGCUGUUCGUGUCGUACAUUGCUUUGGCAACCUUUGCGGUAACCAGCUGGGUUUGCGCGAUGUGCUUGGGCAUAUUGCUUCCUUGCAAGCGCGGCUUCGGCAGCAUGAGCACGACAUUCAACAGCUUCCUGUUUGUAAUUGGAGGGCGGCCAUCUGAACAAGAGUUGCGGGCCAUUGCUGCAUUCAUUGCUUGUGACAGCAAGGGAUCCUGUGGUCCUGAUGGCUGGCAAGGGGUUGAGCUUUCUUGGCUUGCUCUUGAGAUUUGGGAGUGUUUUUUGCCUAUCACCCUUUUAUCCGCCUGGUGGCGGGUUUGGAGCAGUGCUUGGGCCCGUGGGGCCGUUCGUGCUUGGAUGCGUGCUCAUGUCCCCAGGGAGUUUGCUGUUGCUCACGCCGCCCCCACUGGGGAGGUUGUGGUCGAGGGCUCCAGCCGCACCAGUGCCCUGAUCGCUCACCAAUGCGUCACCGCUGCUAGCAUACGCUUUGAUGAAGAACCAGCUUCAUGGCUCCCUGCGCUGCUCACGCCCGGCGGGCAUCUCGAUGUGUUGUUUGCCACUCAGUUGGUUGGUAUCCUGUCUCGCUUGCGCAGCAGCUUGUCCGGCUUGCCAUUGGUGCCUGUCCCUCCUCCUGGCAUUGUGGAGCGCGGUGCCUUUGUUCGUGCCUGGCCCUUUGGGGGAUACGCGCCCCAUCACGGUUCUUUCUACCUGGUGGCGGCUUUGGAGCAGUGCUUGGACCCGUGGUGUUGUCCGUGGUUGGAUGAGGUCGCAUAUCCUCAGGGAUUUCGCUGUUCUUCUGCGGUUGGGUUGGGACCCUCGCGCUGUGGCUGUGCUUACCGCCGUUUGGUCUCGGCAAAAACGGUGGGUGAUUUAUCAGUCGCAUACUCAUCCGGUGACGUUGUCUGGCCCAUCAAUGCCGCAGGGCGAUCCGAUGGGCCCGGUGAUCAUGACUAUUUGGGCGUCAAAGCUGUUGCUGUGGCGUCCACCCCUGCCAGCAAAGCUUUUGAUUGUCUUGAUCCUUUAGUUACUCGCGAGGUUCUUCUGCGGUUGGGUUGGGACCCUCGCGUUGUGGCUGUGCUUACCGCCGUUUGGUCUCGGCAAAAACGGUGGGUGAUUUAUCAGUCGCAUACUCAUCCGGUGACGUUGUCUGGCCCAUCAAUGCCGCAGGGCGAUCCGAUGGGCCCGGUGAUCAUGACUAUUUGGGCGUCAAAGCUGUUGCUGUUGCGUCCACCCCUGCGCGGCGCGCCACGUUGCGGAGGGUUUUGCCUGAUGCGGUUCGCAAUGAUGUGGAAAUUCUUGGUUCGUGCAGCAUGGUUACCAGACGCGGCCUCCUUGGGAAAGAGCUUGUCGGCAAUUUGCGGUGUCGAAAGUUGCCUAUGGUUGGAUUGCCCGUGCGCCUCCUUUGACCUUGUGCACCGCACCCAUUUGUGGAGUCAAGUGCAUGUUGGCAGUCGUCGUCUUCGGCUUGCUUCUGUUUGGCUUCGGGCUGCUUUGUUCGGUGGUGGCAUGCAUUUGGAUAUCCUCUUCGCUACCCAGUUGGUUGGCAUUCUUGCGUGCUUGCGUCGGCACCGGACUUUGACUUGGUGCACUCGUGGCGGUUCGCUGGCGUGUGCUUUGAAUGCUUGGCUCCGUUCUCGUGGUUGGUCGUUUGAUGCUGAGUGGAAAUGGGCUCAUGCUGAUACCGGUCACACGUUGAACUUGAAUGAUGAUGGCCAUCGUGGUGAAGAUGGUUAUUGGCAGCACAUGGUUCGUGACGCUUGGCAUGCUUGGUGCUUGCGCCGUCACAUGUCGUCUUCUCGUCGUGAUUCUGCGUUGGAUUGUUUCCAUGCCGGUUACUUCAAGAGAAUCGAUUGGGCUGCGACCCGUGCUUGGGCUGCUUCGUGCGCGGAAGCUCGUUCUGUUUGUGUUGGUGCGCUUUUCUCCCCUGCUGCCCGCGGUGGCCGCGGGCCCGGUGAGUUGACGACUUCCUGCAUCUGGAAUGGUUGCGGUGAGCUUGGCACGUUUGAGCAUAUUUGCUGGUGUUGUCCUUAUCGGCCUCCCGAUUUGGACAUUCCUCCGAAACCUAACGAGGGCCUCUCUUAUCGUUAUGGUUGGGUCAUCACCAAUCAGAGAGCUGACAUCGUUGCUGUUCAAGACUGGCUUGUUUAUGUGCAUUGCCGGGUCAUCCGGCGCACUCCGGGUGUCUUGACGCCCUGCAAGGGCAGUGACAGUGUGCCUCACAAAGGCACAGUGGCCACUUGGCGCAAACUGAAAGGAGACAUGCUCACAGGUCGGGGUUUCGAGUGUUUCAUGCUUCUGGCCGCCCGCACGAAAGCAGUCACGGGGCUCCGCUUGAGUUGGGAGGGGCUUCAUCAAGGUACCAGGUGGGAAAGUGACAGAGAGAUUGAUUGGUAUGCCAUUUGCGCCGAUUCUGGAGCCGGUGUGCUAAAAGCACUGGAGGUUCAUGUCUCGGAUCACAAGGUGUUGUCUUGUGAUUUCAAGUUUAAGGACCGGAACACUAAGGUGGGGUAUCUGACCAGAGGGCCCAGCUGGGUCCUGCCUCAGGGACUCAACAGAGAUCAAUGGAAAAAGUUGCUGCAGGACAAUUGGGCUCGUCUUCCGUCUGCUGCUCAAUUCCUUGAACGCCUGCUCUCCUCAGACUUGCAGGGAACAGUGGAAGACGAUUGGAACCAGUUUCUUCAGGUCUUGGACGACCUGCAUAGAGAGGCUUUUUGGGAACUUAGUCAGACCUCAGAAGAUUCUCGCAUCAGCUGUGAUGCUGCAGCUCGAUGUCGGAACACUGUCGUCAAGGGUCACCCUCCGGCUCGGAAAGAGCGCCACACCAAGCGCUGUAACGCUAAGGUCAAUGAAACUGAUAUGAAGCUGGUUAAGUGUCGAAAGCGGGUCGCCAGGAUUUAUGAAUUGAUCCGUCUCACUAAGGAACAAGUUUCAGGCUCUGAGUUAUCUGCAGGGUCUCAGCAUGUUGCGGCAAGAGCCAACUUGGUUCGACGUCUCAGGCUGGAAUCUCAGCCGCCUCUUCGUGAACAGUUGUCUCUGCUCCGUAGGGCUAAGGCGGAACUUCAGGCCAUGGAAACUCAGGGUCGGGAUGAUCGACUUUCCGGGUGGCGGCAGCAGUUCAAUUCUGAUGUGAAAUUUGCUGGAAAAUGGUUGAAGUCUUCUGGGUCCACCAUAGGGAUUCAGAUCAAGGAUGGCGAUGGUACCAGCCGAAGCCCUCAAGAAGCGGUUGAAAAAAUCCAUAAAUAUUGGGAUCAGUUUUGGCAGCAGCUCAAAGCUGAGACGCCGCCUACUGAACAGAUCACUGAGCAGCUUCUCCAAAACACUGUUUCCUUGCCCGAAGAGAGGUUCAUAAUCCCUUCGGUUCAGGAGCUUGUUAGUGUGGCUGCAUCCAUGCGGGGAUCAGGUGGGGGAGACGCUUGGGUCGGCUCCGAACUCAGUUGUCUGCCGCCGGAAGCUUGGCAGAUGUACAGGAUCCUGGUUGAAAGGUGGCUGGCCGCUGGCAGAGUUCCUGAAGCCGUCAAAGCGGCCAGAACGGUUUUCUUGCCUAAGGAACACAAGGUCAUUGAGGGUGUGCUGCAAGCGGGCGAUGCCCGCCCUAUCACGGUGUUAUCAUCUUGGUGGAGGGUAUUGACAGGAACUUGGUUGAAGACUUCUCAAGCUCAUCAAUGGAUUUCCCAGAUUCUUCAUCCGGUUGUGGUUUAUGGCAAGCAAAGUGACAGUCAGGUUGCGGCCGGGCAGUUGCUCGAAGCGUACACCCAAGCUGGUUUCCUUUGUUCAUUGGAUUACACCAAAUGUUUUGAUUGCCUGCGGCCUUCAUCUAGUGUUGCCAUGUUCAUCAAAACUGGUUUGGAUUCCCGAUUUUGUACCAUCAUCAAAGAUCUUUGGGAUUCUCAUGUUCGAUGGCCUUCUUGGGGGGGCACUGUGCAUCACGAAGUUUUGGCCACUCACGGCCUUCCGAUUCCUCAAGGGGAAUGCCUGGGACCGAUCACCUGCUGCCUCUGGCUGUCUGCUGGCCAGAGAUACGUGGAAGCUCAAAUGGGGGCUGCUCUGACAAGUUCCAUUUACAUGGACGACCGAUCCUUCGUGGCUCGGUCUGCUGAGGAGUUGGUGCAAGCUCAGCGCUGCUGGGCGGACUGGAGUGGUAGGGUAGGGUUGCUUGAGUCUGCUUCUAAGACCCAAAUGACAGCUCGUUCUCAGGCUCAGAAGCGAUCGUUGCAGACCUUGAUUCCUGCCGAAUGGUUUCGCUCAGAUAUCACGAUGCUGGGGGUUGUCACUAAGGGGGCCCCUAGGUGUAAUGCCCAGCAAGAAAGGGAUAGGCUGACUAAGGCUAAGCUCCGUCUGACUUCUUUGUCCACGCUUCGUCUUGGCUCUGGGCUCUUUGCCGUCUACGCUCGGGUUUUUUCCCUCAGUCUCUGUUCUUACGGGUGGCUGUCUCGUCUUCCUCGGAAAAUGGAUUGCGAUGCUCUCUGGACCGCCGUCAAGAAAGGUCAGAAGGUGUUGUACUCUGCGAACACUUGGUUGCGUGCCAUGGUCCAUGGGGGUCUGAACCAUCUGGACAUCAUCACGGCGUGCAACCUGUUCAGGGUCGUGUCGGUUUUGCGCUUUCGGGGUCAGGCGUUCUGGUCCAACGGGUCAGGUAGUCUCGUGGCUGAGUUGCGCAAGUGGUUCAAGGCCAGGAGGUUCUCGGAGGUGCGUCCUUGGGAGUGGAGUCAUGUGGAUGAUCCGUCCAUCCAGGUGUCUGCUUUGAACUCUGACAAGGUUCAUCUCAAGCGCAUGAGUCAUCUCAUCCGGGAAGGUUGGAGGUUCUACUGUUGGGACCAGUUUCUUCAAACGUCUCGUCAUGAGAUCUCUACGGUCAGUCAUGUCCAGGCAUCUGAUCUUAGGCAGGUCAAGUGGUCUGCGGUCAGGGCUUUGUCUGAGUCUUGCGCGGCGUGUCGCACGGUUGCGGUCGGGGGCACGGUGAGUCCGGCGUGGUUCCAUGCUCGGGAUGGGGAGCCCUUCUCCUCUUCUUGUCCUUGGUGUCCCGCCUUGGGGUCCUGGUUUCAUGUGUGCUGGGAAUGCGAGUUCAGUCCUCUUCUGGCGUCUCGUCCUCCCACUCCGUCUUUGGGUAUCACUCGUCGUUUCGGUUGGAGUCCUAACCCUGGUCCUGUGCUGAAGUACCUCGCUGAGGUUUGGCAACGUGCGCUGCCGGUUCGACGUCAGUGCAUGCGAUUGCAGCGGCGGAUUCUCAGGGAAUUUUGGGCCGAUAUUUGGAAUAGACGUCAAAUCUCUUGGGAUGAUAUUUGGGAUGAUUUGGUUACUCACACUCCACCACGCCCUGCUCCUGACAGCUGGCCAAGCCUCACACCGGAACAACUCCGUUCUGCCACCAAGUGUAGCCGCGGCAGUGCGCCGGGGCUUGACGGCUGGAGAGCUGAGGAACUUAGUUUGUUCAGUGACGAAAUGUGGCAGGAUGCUGGCUGUCCUCCAGAAACAGUUUCCACUUCCAUCACCUUGUUGGGAUUCCAGUUCAUGGGAGUGACCCAAAGAAAAGCCAAAGACCGAGAACUGACAAGACUCACUGAGGCCAAAGAAGUUCUUCGAAAAUGUAGGUAA